AUGUGGAUGACCCAAUUGAAAACGGCAAUCAUUAAUUCCCGCCAUGACGGCAACGCCAAAGUGACUUUGAUAUCUGGCGGUGGUGCGGGACACGAGCCUUCGUUUGCCGGCCUGGUAGGCGAUGGUCUGCUCAGCGCUGCUGUCUCCGGGUCCGUCUUUGCGUCGCCAAGUGUGCAUCAAAUCCAGAAUACGAUUGCUUCAGCUGGGGGAUCGACUGGAACACUGCUGAUCAUCAUGAACUACACUGGGGAUGUCCUCCACUUCCAUCUCGCUGCGGAGAAGGCUCGUCUCGCGGGCCAUGAGAUGGCAGUCUUAGUCGUGGGGGACGACGUGUCGGUUGGCCGACGCAAAAGUGGCAAGGUAGGCCGGAGAGGGCUGGCUGGCACUGUCCUCGUGGAGAAGAUCCUCGGGGCGGUCGCGCAGCAGGAUGACGCCACUCUGAAGAAGUUGUAUCACUUAGGCAAGGAAGUUGUGGCGAAUUUGGCCACGGUCGAGGUCGGCAUGGGAAUCCAUAAUGAGACAGGAUGCUACGUGCUUAAGCCCCAACCUGAUAUCAACGUUCUUGUGGAUCAGAUGCUGGACCAAUUACUGGAGCAGGAAGACGAGGAUCGAGCCUAUGUCCGGUUCAACGAUGCGGAAGAUUUGGUGCUCAUGGUUAACAACCUUGGUGGCAUUUCGAACCUCGAGUUCUCAGCUAUGACGAAGGUGGUCGUCGGACGACUGAGUAACCGCAGCUUGCAUCCAAGACGAGUAUACGCUGGGGCUUACAUGACCAGCCUGGACGGAAAAGGAUUUAGCAUCACAUUGCUCAAAGCCAGCAAGGCGAUGAUACAAGCCUUAGAUGCCCCUGCAUCAACUCCUGGCUGGACCGCCCACCAACACUUGGAAACCUCUCCCGUAGCAAGAAGGUUAUCUGUGGUGGAAGAACAGGCCGAACGCAUGGACUCAGGUUCAUCGCGACUCAAAGUGGACAACAGAUCGCUUUCGGCGGCCAUUAGUCGCGCCUGUCACAGAAUUGUGGCUGCGGAGGAAGAAAUUGAUCGCUUCGACUCCUUGGUCGGGGACGGAGACUGUGGCUCGACGCUGGCGCGGACAGCCCGAGCAAUUCUGGCGGAUAUGGAGAAGGGCGGGUCCGUGAGCCCCGACGGCGAUGCGGUUGGGACCGUGGAGACCAUUGCCAAGGUGGUCGAAAACAACAUGGAUGGCACUUCGGGUGCACUUUACGCGAUUUUCCUGAAUGCAGUCGGCGCCUCCUUGCGCAACUGUGGAGCUUGCGUGGCGGGACUCGAUGCUCUGCAGCGCGCCACUCCAGCCCGAGUAGGUGACCGGACUUUGAUGGAUGCGCUCGAGCCGUUCAUCAGAGCGCUGCAAGCGGGCGAAUCCACAGAUGCGGCUCUGAUAGCCGCCCAGUCUGGGCGGGAUCGAACGCAAGGAAUGCGAGCUUCGCUGGGGCGCGCUGUCUAUGUCCACGAGCAAGGUUGGCGCGAAGUUCCUGAUCCCGGGGCUGCUGGACUAGUAGUCUUACUCAAAGGUCUCUUGUUAGCUUGA